AUGAAAAUAAAUGUGCAACCUAAUACUAUAAGUGAAAUAGUACCAAAAUUUUGUAAUAGUAAAUUAUAUGUUAGAAUAAAAAAUGAUAAUAAGUUCAAUAAAAAAUUAAAUGAACAAGAAAAAAAUGAAGUAAAUAAAGAGAAUGAGAAAAAUCAGGGAAAUUUAUAUACUCCCUCUCAACUAGAUAUAUGCGAUAAAAACUCCCCUAUUAUGUCUUCGAACUUAUAUGGAUUUAGUAAUUUAAUAAUUAAUGUAGGUUUAUUUUUCUCUUUGAUUAUUCCAGUUGUUAAUUUUUUGGAAAAGGGAUACUUUCUAGAUACUUCAAUGCACUCUUAUUUAUUUACAAAUUUAGAAUAUACUAAAAGAAAUCCAAAUGAUAAUCUUGUUAAUUAUAAAAAUCUAAAUAUAAAGAAUUAUAUAAAUUUUAUGAUAUGCCCUUCUUUAAUAUAUAAAUUUAAUUUCAAAAGAAUUAAAAAAUUUAGACUUAAAUAUUUUACUCAAAAGAUUAUAUGUUUGUUAUUGACUGUGAUUAUAGAAUAUACGACAUACACUGUUUUCAUUGCACCAACUGUAUAUCGCAUAAAUAAUAUAUCAUUUUUUGAAGCAGUAAUAAGAUUAAUAUUCCCAUGUUUAGUAAUUUUUCUCUCAUCCUUUUAUUUAAUAUUUGAGUGCAUUUGUAAUUUAUUUGCUGAAAUAACGAAAUUUGGAGAAAGGGAAUUUUACCAAGAUUGGUGGAAUAGUACAAUAUGGUACGAGUUUUCAAGAAAAUGGAAUAACGUUGUUCAAGCUUGGUUGUUUAAGCAUGUUUAUUUAGUGGCAAAAAAUAAUUAUAAGAUAGCUUGUUUUCAUACAUGUAAAUUUUAUUUAUUUUUUUUGAUGUUUUUACAAUUCCCACUUUCAUGGUUAGGGGAGAACUUUUAUAAAAAUAAACCAAUAGGAAAUGUAAUAUUUUGGUCUAAUAUUUUAUUAGGAAUGCCCUUAAUAUUUAUUCUAUAUGCUAAUGAAAUAAAUAAAAUAAAUUAUUAUUAA